UGGAUUUCGUCGGGGCGCGGAGCGCGGUGCUGGCUGUGCUGAGGGGCGCGCGCGCAGGCGACCGGUCCCGCCUGCUGCACUGGAUGCGAACGACCAUAAUGGAUUGAACAUGCACAUGCAGAAUACUGUGCAAGAGCUGCUUAAAAUAAGCUGCCAUUUUGUGACCUCCCACAAAGAUGACUUUGAUGAAUUCAUGUUGAGUAAUAAUGAUGUUGUACUCAGAAGUAUUGCUGAAGAUCUUCGGAAUUGCUUACCCAUUGAGGCAAUGCUUAACUCAGAACAUCUUGCGAUUCAAAAAAUACUUGAGCAGCCAGAGCCAACAGUUCAUGUUGAUGCAUUCCUUUAUGAUGAUGACAUUAUUGAUUCAUUGUGUGAGAAGGGGAAAAUGAGUAGAAACUACUGUGUAGUGUGUGGCUCACACAAGACCGCACCUUUAGAGUUUAUUUCUCAUUCCUUUUCCCUCAUGGAACUGAAGUUUCUUUAUCGGUAUGCGUUGCCUGACCUGACAGGAAAGAUUCUGGUUGACGUUGGCUCCAGGCUUGGUGCAGUGCUAUUUGGGGGCUAUCUUUACAGCUCAGCAUCCCAGCUGUAUGGAGUGGAAAUGAAUGCAGACUUUUGCCAGUUGCAAGAAAUGAUAAUCACAAAAUACCAAUUUACAGACAGAGUAAAGGUGCUUCAUUCAGACAUCUGUACUCAGGCUUCACUCCUUCAAAAUGCUGAUGUUGUUGUAAUGAAUAAUGUCUUUGAAUAUUUUCUUGACAGACUGGAACAGGCCAGAGCCUGGGAAUUUAUGAGUCAUAAUAUGAGGAAAAAAGGGUCAUUAUUAGUGACAGUCCCAAGCCUUGAAGAAUCUAUCUCAAACCUACAGACGGAUAUACUGCUCAGCCAGUGGGUAGAAGAAAUGAAGUUGGACUAUGAUGUAUACAUGGAAAAGGAUAUUGAUAGAGAAGCACUUGAACAAAUUCAUUUGUACAAGAUUCUCUAGCAUACAGACUGAUUUACUGAUAACAGUAUAAAAUGAUUGACUUCGGAGGGAGUUGUGUGAAAGGGCUUAAUCCUACAGUCCUAUUUCCAGAAUAAAUCGUGAAAUAUCUUACUAUUUAUUUUAGAAAUUAUACAUAUUCUCACAAUGAAACAGGGGCUUUUGAGAACAUAUUUUGUGAUGUCAAAUUUCUUGCAUUAAAGUUCUCAGUGUGUCAUAACAGUGCAAAAAAAUUUUAGCCACUAGGUAUCUCCUGUAGCUUCAUUCUGCAUGGAAGUGUUUUGAAAGAAUGGCAGUCCACUAACACCAGAAGAGUCCAUCUUGUGCUCUGUUAAUGGCUGUGAACCUCCCAUUUUAAAAAUAUAUAUAUUAACAGAAAAAUAGUGACCCACUAUUAAAUGUGAAUGGUAUUCAUAUAUUUAACACAGCUUUAUUUAAAAGCUGUAAUAUAUUAUGUUGGGUUUUUAGUACUGACAAACUUACAGUAGUGCUAUUAAUAUUCUGCCUAUGGAAUUCCUGAUUUUUUUAAGGUCUGCACAGUAGCUACAGGUAUUGGUGUAGAAAGGACUAUUGUCCCAAUUUAGAGUAGCAUUGUGACAGUGAUGAUCUCCUUCUAGUCAAUGGUUCCCCAGUUGACUGUUGAUGUAAGAUACUUGGGGAUAAAUAAGAAUCCUUCAGAAAUAUUGGUCUAAGUAUAGGAGAAUGAAAAUCUGCUUCACUUCCUUAAUUUUAAUGAGGAUUGUAAGGGGUUAAGAAACUAAAUAUUCUGAGCAAGAGUUAUGGCCUAGCAUAAUCUUUGGUGAUGUAAAACAUUGGCAAUACACAAUAACAGAACCGUCCCCAAACCCUCCCAAAGAGAAAGAACAACAACACCAAGCUGAUAUUUAUAUUUUCUAUUCCAACUGUAGAAAACUUUCAGUUCGUUGAAAAGUUUUUCAGCCUUAGACAUCACUGACAAUCAAUAUGUUUUGUGUUUAUCUGCAGGAAUUUUUGACUAAGUGCAGUGCCAAUUGGAAGCAAUGUUACUGUAUGUCUAAAAGUUUUCUACACAAGUUAUGGCCUGCUCAAGUAGCAAAACAUUAUACUGGCUACACUUUUUAUUUUUCUAAUAAUUUGCAGCAAAGUAUACCUGUAAAAUGUUGUAAUAAUAUAUAUGGAGUCAAAAAGAUGUAACGGCUAAUUGGGGCCUUAAUAGCACACCAAAUACUUGGAUCUUUAUUGUGUGGGUAGAGCUUUAUUUUUGAGGCCAAGAAGUCAGACUUUUCUCACUUGAUUUUGUUUUUGGGGGGUUGUAAUGUGACUUAUGUUGAGCCUGUACCUUGAGACUCUGGUGGUUGCAUUUUUCAUAAAUAAUAAAAUUAAUAAAGAUGGAAACUUAUGGU